UGAAAAAUCCAUUGGCACGGCUGAGCUCGAGGUCAAUCGGGAGGCACUAGUUACUCGUUAAAAAAACCCCACCUCACAAACAGUCACAAUGGGAGCGUCCAAGACUCAGAAGGAGGCAUACUUCGUCAAGCUCAAGGAGCUCAUCUCGUCCCACCCCUCCAUCUUCCUGGUCAAUGUCGACAACGUCGGCUCGAACCAGAUGCACCAGAUCCGUGUCGCCCUCCGCGGCAAGGGUGUCGUACUCAUGGGCAAGAACACGAUGGUCCGCCGCGCUCUGCGCUCCAUCCUCGCCGAGUUCCCUCAGUUCGAGCGCCUGCUCCCGCACGUCAAGGGCAACAUCGGCUUCGUCUUCACUUCGGGCGAAUUGAAGGAGAUCCGUGACAUCAUCACCGCCAACAAGGUCGCCGCACCCGCCCGCGCGGGUGCGCUCGCGCCCAAGGACGUGUUUGUCGCCGCCGGCAACACCGGUAUGGAGCCCGGCAAGACCUCCUUCUUCCAGGCGCUCGGUAUCCCGACCAAGAUCGCGCGUGGUACGAUCGAAAUCGUCAACGACAUCAAGGUCGUCACCGCCGGCACGCGUGUCGGAACCUCCGAGGCGACGCUGCUCAACAUGCUCAACAUCUCGCCGUUCACGUAUGGCAUGACCGUUGUCCAGAUCUUCGACGCCGGCAACUCGUUCUCGCCCGACGUGCUCGACAUCGACGACGACGAGCUUGUGGGACGCUUCCUGUCCGGCAUCAAGACCAUCGCCGCCAUCUCGCUCGCACUCAACUACCCCACCAUCGUCUCCGUGGUGCACUCCCUCGUCAACUCUUACAAGAACCUCAUCGCCAUCUCGCUCGCCACUGACUACACCUUCGAGGGUGCUGAGAAGGCUAAGGAAUACCUCGCCAACCCCGAGGCGUUCGCUGCCGCUGCUCCGGUUGCGGCUGCUGAGGCUGCUCCGGCUGGCGGUGCUCCCGCUGAGGAGGAGAAGGUCGAGGAGGCCGAGGAGUCGGAUGACGACAUGGGCUUCGGUCUCUUCGACUAAACUCUCGGGUUGUAUCGCUAGUCUACCUCGUGUAUCUCUGCUACAAUGACAUCGACGCUGUGCAC